AUGCGCAUGACAAUGUUGCUGCUGCUGAUGAUGAUGAUAGGAACGACAUCUCGUGUUAGCGGGUUCUACAUCAUAGAACCCAGCGUACUCUCAUCAGAUAAAACAUUCUUCCAAAUAUCGUCUAAUGACAUACUGUCUUUGACAGGAUGCGAGAAGAAAAUUACAUUCGAGAAGAACGAAGAUAUAUCUCUAACUUAUAUGAACCGUUCUCAUCUUGUUAAUUUUAUGCCAAUUUCGGACGCGUUUCUGGAAUUAACAGCAUUGGACAGUAAUGGUACCCAAGACACGUUCAAUAUUUCUGGAAAAACACCUAACAUGACCCAGUAUACACUACACGGAACCAGUGUUACAAUACGUGUUCAUCCUAAUUAUUGUAAUCAGUAUAAAACGCUUAUCAUGAAUGAUUUCUUGAUUUCCAUUAGCGUUACUAAGACGAAUAAUCUAUGUCAAGAUCCUGGAACGCCCGAAAAUUCAAUCAGGAGAGAAGAAACCAGUGAAUUUGUGAUCGGGACCAACAUUCAGUUUUCUUGUCGUCGUGGAUAUGUCAUCUCUGGGUCUAAAAUUAUUUCUUGUGUCAGAGAUCCUGAUACGGGCAUUCCUUCAUGGACCGGAAGUAAUCCUACCUGUGUAAGACAAUGUGAGAAACCACCCGCUCCAAAGUUUGGAGGCAUAUCCCAGAUAACACCUAAUGGGUCUGCACAUUUUACAUGUGAGAGUCCGUUCACAUUAGUAGGUCCCGAAAUGAUAACAUGUUUGCACAACGGCGCCAAAACAAAUUGGAAUGAUUCCCCGCCAAAAUGUAUCGUCACUACGUGCCCGGCAAAUGGUACCAUUCUAAGUGUUACGUAUAAAAAUAAUUUUAUCGCCACACCCGGUUUCCCCGGAAACCUUAUUUACUCCAAUUUGACAUGCAAAUGGGUUAUACAGUUAAAGGCAGACAAUGCAUGCAUUCACCUUUAUUUCGAGACAUUCGAUAUUCCGAACAGUGUCGUUUUUGAAAUAUACAAGUAUGUUGAAGAUUUUGCGGGUGAUGGGGACCUCGUUUGGUCGUCUCGUUCAGCAGACGGAUUGCCUAUGAAGACUUUUAUUAUCUGUAGCCACAUGUUACGUUUAUCGUAUGCCAGUGGGGAGAUGGACGUGACGGGACACAGAGGGGUACAGAUGUGGUACCUGGCUCGACCCAUCUCUGAGUAUCACGCGGCCUAUCAGAGAGCCGGUCACUUAGGAUAUGAUGAUCAGAUAAGCGUAGAACCGACCAAGGCGACAGGUCAGAUGGAAGCAGACGACAGCUCCCAUAGCAACGUUGCUGGCAUUGCUGCUGGUGUUUCUGUUACCGUUGUGCUGCUGAUCAUCGGCGGUAUUGUCUUCUACAUCUGGUACCGUAAGAAGUACCCGGUUAGGAUGAUCAUCGGCAAAGACUUCGGCAAGUUUACUAACCCCGUGUACAAUAAAUCAACUUCCACUGCAACACUAACACGUCCAGAUUCGUUCGAGAGGGAGAUCAAGAAAAUGGCCACAGAAAAAUUUGUUUCUCACGAAAACCACGUUGAUUUAAGUGACGAGCAAGAAUACCAACCGACAUCAGGACUUACUUUGUUGGGGAGUCUUGGAAUGAGAGCAGGAUUAGAUGAUUUCGACAGUCCAGAAAUGAAGAAACGGAAUAACACGAAACAGAGAAAGAAAUCUGUCCCUGCUAAUAAAAUUGUCAUAGAAGAAGAGGAGGAAGAAGUGAAGGAUGAAAUUACAAACAUUUCAGAUACUUCUUCUGAAACAUCUUCCACCAGUGGGGAAAAGAGUUCGGCGUCUGACGAGAAUUCUGACGGAGAAGGAUUCAGACCUGUAACAGACGCACCGAAAGUCAAACGAAAGCGCGUGUCUGCAUAUCUGAAUGAAGCGCUUGAUAGGAAGAACUCGCAAGAUAGUACUGACACACAGGAUGGUUCAGAAGUCAUCCAAGACAAGGAAACAAUAUCUGAUGGCAUCGACAAGGUUGUAGACUCAGAAACCCUACAACAGAUAGAUGAGGACACGUCGAGUAUAGACCAUGCAUUUAGCAAGGAUGAGUUAUCAUCUGACCUACCGAAACCAAAUGAAAGCGAUCAUUUGGAACAAAAUGAACGGAAUGAACAUGUUCAGGGAGAAACCAGUGCGGAUAGACCGAAAAUUGUGCUAACGCUAGGAAUUAAAGACUUCAAAUUCACGGACGAAGACGAGGACGAAAGUGGUCAGUCGUCUUCUGAUACAGACGAAAAAGCAGAAAAAAUCAGUUCUGUUGUGCAAAAGGACGAUAUCGUUUUAGAGGACGUAAAAGAUAUAACUCUAUCCACGGAGGAAAUCAUGACAGAAGUAAAUAACUUAUCGCAACAAGAGGCACAACCCGCAACCGAAAGCACAGUUCAGUCAGAGCCAACCACUGACAUCGAACAGCUGGAACAUACGGACGUCCUUACACAAGAUAUUAAGGAACAAUUUGUCCAAGAAGAAAAUGAUUUUUUAACUUAUACUGAAAAAAGAGACGCGACUUCCGAUGAUAAAAUGUCCGAUGGAAAGGAAUCAAUAGCUAUUGGUGUAUCAGAUAUCUCCGUGACACCUCCAACAUUAAUUGAAAAAGCCAGUAUCACCGAAUUGAACAGCGAACAUAACUUCACUGAUGUACUGAAUACCGCUCCCGCUUUGUUAGAAGAUACAAAGGAGGAAUCGGUCAACCGUCCGAAUCAUAUGGUCAUCACGCAUCCCAAGAUAUCUGAUACGCAAACAGAUAACGAUGUGGUUUCUUCUUUUACUGCAGGUACACCUGAAGCGCUAGAACACAACCAAGAUAUCAUAGGUUAUCUUACAAGAGACGAGAUGCGAGAAUUAACAGCUCGAACCAAGUCUUUUGGCGAAGAUUCUCUUUCGUCUGUUUACAGUGGGGAAUUGGUCAGUAAUGAUAAUCCAGUGGCUGAAAUUGCAGAGCAGGACUUUUCAUCAGGCGUGAGUCUUGAUGAAACAGACAGCCCGGAAAUUCCUUUUAAAAACAAGGUAGAAGUGCAAUUUGAAAGAAUAAUUCAGGACCUAGAAAAUUAUUCGCCCGAUUUUACAAGAGAGGAUGACGACGUGGAGGACGAUAAACAAGAGGACAUCAUUGCAAAAGCAGACGAGCCCAUGACAUCAUUUGAUCCAACAUCUCUAGUUAAUAUAUCUAACGACUUGAGUGGAGAAACGUCUGAUUUCUUGCCACUUGCUGAUCGCUCAGAUGAUGAUGCUUCUAGGACAUUGAAUGUUGCUUCCUCCGCAGUUGACGAUUUUCUCAGUUUUGAAAAUAAUCCACAGAAUCAAUUUUUUUCUGGUCUAUCUCUUUCAAGCGACACUAAUAUAUUUACAGAAAAAUCAUCAACCCACCCGAUUACGCUUGUGAUGUCUGGAUUUGAUACGGGUGAAAGUAGCACGGACGUACAGAAUCAUGUGGAUGUUCUGAAGAUUGUCCCAAACGAUCAACUCUCAGAGGAUUCAAGCGGUGAGGAUGACAGUGACGACAGUAAGAUAUCAAAUAAAGAUGUGAUAGAGUAUACUGUUAAUCCCGGUAUUAACGCGGAGGAUUCGGACGACGACGAUGACGACGACCACGAUCAAAUGGACGAACUUCAACUAAUUUCAGGGUCAUUUGGAAAGGGCAAACGAAAGAGCAUCACUCUUGAAAAUCCAUCAUUUGAUUCAUUAGAUUUUUCGAAAUUUCAACAGAACACAUUAAAUACUGGACGAGACGACACCGCCGAAGAAUCAGAUUCAGAAGUGCCUAUGAAAGCACCCGCCAUUGGACGCAGAGAGAGUGUAUCUCUUGAUAAUCCUCUCUUUGACACGGAGCCCUUACCUGAAUCGUCAAAUCAAAGAGAAAAAAUGCGCGUCAUUGCAGUGUCAAAUUUACUGGCCACACCACCGACUUCAUCCAAUGAAUCGUCAAGUGAAGAUUCAGAGAGUGAACCGGAAGGUAUGGGUGAGUAUGUGAUCAAUCCAUCAACAGAUCCCGAGGAUACGGCACACAAAACAGACGAAAUUGAAAGGCAACCAGGUUCAGAUCUACCUGUAGGUGUCAUGAACUUUUUGUCAAUGGGCUCUAAAAGUGAACUUGAAAAUGCUAUUGAAAACAGCGCUUCAUUAACAAUGCCCCUCGAUUAUGAUCCCCGCAAAAAGCAAAACUUGGAAUCGGUGGAGUCCGAUGUUUCCUCUCUUGACUCAGCGACAGUGAAAGAGAUUGAAGAAUUAUCAUCAGAUUCGGAAGCUAGCAAUAAAGACAAUGCCGGUGCUUUCACCAAAGCAAACACGCCUGCGCAAAAGAAAUUUUCUCUCUCAUCCAUCUCUAGGAAAUUAAAGAGUAGUUUUAAAACCACCACAAAACCGGAUCUUCAAUCCGGAGAUAACGACAUGGUAGAUGUGUAA